GUUAUUUCACAUUAGAGUCCUAUGAAUCUACUACCUUCCCUACUACUAUUUACUACUACAACUACUACCAACUACUACCAACUACUAUUACCACUAUUCUAAGUAUCACAGCCCCCGUUUUUGCGCGCGAGCACCCCUUUCUUCUCUCACUAUCGUAGCCGCGAAGUAGAAAUGCGAAACUCACACACAGACAAACAAACACACACACACAAUCGUUUGCCCUUCUUCGGCAUUAUUAGCUUUGUUUUUGUGUAGGAAAGGUCCCACAUACCGCCAUCACUUCUUUCGCGCAGCGAACCAAACUAGAAGCGCUUUAGAUCUAAAACACUCCACUAACACACACAAACACACUAAGCGAGUAUACUAAAACCAAUAGAAUUACAAUCAAAACAGGCCCCACUCUAAUCAAUCUAGUCAGGAACGGUCGAAGAUCUUGUGCUCGAAAAUAGAACAUCCAUCUUUCCACUGUACGGCGCUACUUACAUUCCUUCCUAGAGACCCAUUACUACUACUACUACUACUACUAUUAAUACCAGGUUAAAGCAAAUAUCUGAAUCUUCAUCCCAACUCUUUCGCGUGUCGGAAAAAUCGAUCUACUGUUUUUUAAAGAACUCUUCACAAUCACUAAGACGUGCGGCGCCAUCUUUUGAGCGAAAAAAGUGACAACUGCAAGCUGUCAUUUGGGGAAAUAUUGUGACAGAAAGAUGUUUACACGCAUUAGUGCAUUACUUAAGGCUCUCCUGAGAACUUUAAACAAACUUCUCACCGAAACGGCAUCAUUCUUGUGAAUUCCAUGCAUCAGACGCUAGCAGAGGCAGCAGCUAUCGGUAUCGGAUCAUCGAACAGAAACCAGCAGCAGAUCAUCGCCCGGGAUCAUCCGACAGACAACAACACUCACCCAAAAUCAUGGUUCAAAAAGGUACUCCGAUCGGUAAACGAUCUCCCUGCACUGUGUGUCUGUUUGUGGUUUGGUUUGAAAAUGCACGUGUACUGUCAGCUCUUUUUGCUGUCUUUGUGUGUCAGUCUCUUUGUGUGCUAGAUAUUGCGGUGUGAAGCGAAAAAGCGCACAUACUAACCCAACGUUCACCAUUUUUUGUGAUGUGAAUAUACUUCUAACUGAUUUUGACAGGUGCUACUAUCCACUUCUUUCUCUAUGUCUUCUUUCAAGACGGCCUGCCAUUACUGGCUUCCUUGGCAUUAGUUUACUCGUAGCUGGAUAGCGAAUGUCAGCGUGCAGGAGCAAAUUAUCUGGCACCAUUUGCGAAAAGCUCUUUCAACGAUGCUCCUUUCCUAUAGAAUUCGAUUGGCGACUCUUGUUUGCAGUUGCAGACAACGCAUCAUCGGUAUGGUUUUCCAUCAUAAACCAUCCUCCUUCAACACAACGCAUUAACAAAAUGGCAAACGGUUUGCAAAACAAGGAACGAGAUAAAACACCGACUUUAAGCUUGAAGCUACCCAACCAUUCAUCAUCCAACCCAACCGCAGCAUACUGCUACUUCGUGAGGCUUUUUUUGGAGAGCAGCAGCAGCAACAACAGGAAGCCAAUAGAUUAAUAAGCAAAAGGGCAAAGCAAACAAAAGUAAGCAAAAAUAUACCCCUUCCCCGCCCCCCUCCCCACAGAUCCCCAACGUUCCACAGAGACGCGGGGAUCGUGCAGACGAACAUAAUACUAAAUAAUAUGAAACAAACAAAGAAGCAGAAGAAAAAAACAAAGAUAAUAAAAUGAAAUGUUAACAAAUUUUUGAAAGGUUUUCUUGUUUUUUAUUUUGUAUUAUUAAAGAAGCAAGGAAGAAGAACAAGCCCAAAAACCCAAGCGGAUGUAGGAAGAGAAUUGUGGGGAGUGGCAAACAGUGGUAGUAAAUAAAUUAUUAAGCAAAUCAUGCAGCUACACAUAUGGUGCAAAUAGGAGAUUAGGGUCUGGGAGAGAGGAACCGAACGAGCACGUGGAACUGUCAAUGGGCCACGCGUGUGACGUGCAAUAAUUGUCAAUGUCCAGUUAAGAGACAAAUCAUGCCACCCGAAGAAUGGCACCGCGUGCACCAUUUGCAGACAAAAUGACAAGGUGGCAAGCAUAACACUCUAACAUCGAAUUACGAUUACAUUUCGUUCUGGAGGUUGCGGUUAAACCGAGCGAGAGCAUAUGAGCAGAAAAAUUGGCAACUUUUCAAACAGUUUCCCUAACCAGUCUCCUAAUUUCCGCCCGGACCUAACCUUACUUAGACUUGCGUUCCGACAAACGGUCAAUUGCUAGGCUAUUUCAACGUUACUGGCGCGACACCCUGUUCUGCAUCUUGCGCCGCCUACUUAGUUUUGCGUUACGAUUGCUUGGCGCAACACUUUGGAAAAAAACGCGUUUAAAAGAAAAUCUUGCUCGAGAGAGGGAGAGAGAAAAAAGAAAAUUUAAACCAAAAACAAAAAAAGAAAACAAAAGAAAUCGUACAUAUCUGUUGAGACGUGUAUGCUGUUGUUGUUAAUGUUACGUUUUUGUUUUCAGCAUUCCACACGUCUUUGCAAUACGAGCGCGUGUUGCGGUAGAGGAGGAAGAAAAAAAAGAAACAGACAAACACACUCACACACGCAACAUUGAAGCAAUGGCCUUGGUGCGCUUUCAUGGGUUCAAGGGUUCAGGGACAAGAAAAGGAUGAAUCAAUACAGUGUUUCUCGGGUCAUAACACAACUGUCUACUUGUGUUUAACAAUGAGCAGUUCGAGCUAUGGCAACAAUAAGAUUGUGUGUUAUAUCUAAAUCGCUCAGUUGUUUUAAUCAAGUGGACACUGCUGUUGUGUGGCCCGUGAAACACGGUAACGCUUCUCCAUUUUAUCAUUCUGCAGUUGAAUUACGUUAAAUAUGCUCUCUUCUCGCUACUCUUGCAGUUACUGUUCUUCUAGAAAGAGCUGUUGCGGAGAGGAAGAAGGCCGGAAAAAGAAAAUUACAAAAAACAAACGUUACGAAUGCAUAACUCUAAACAGAAAAGCGGACAGUAAAGUUUAAACUGAAAAAAAUGCAAAACAAAACGACACUUGAUAGCAGUAAAAUCAAGCAAAACGAGCAAAACAACAUAAGGUAAGAAGAUAAGACAAAGCAAAGCAAAGCAAAGCAAAAAAACAAUUGUUAUUCACGUUACACAAUUUGCUAAUUAUUAGUAGGCAUUAAAUAUGGUUACAAAAUGUAAAUAAUGCACAAUUGCGCAAAAUAAACAAAAACCAAUAAGGGAGAUGCUAAGCGUGGUAGAGGCGUAUGAGCAUAGUUAUAGUAAGGAAAAGCAUACACACACACACUGUUAGCAAAAGAAAAAGGAUGGAAGAGAGGAACGGAACGGAUGGAACGGCUUGCGGAAAGGGAGUAGAAGAGAAGAAAAAAACGAGGAACUAACGUUUGGCGUCCACUAGACAAAGAAAAUGGUGGCCCUUGUAGAAGGCCUCACGUGGCCACACGAGACUUCCAACGAGGCAUUCGUGCUGAUGAGGUGCGAGUGUUGUUGAUAUUUACCCGUCCAAAAUACAGCAAACAACACACAAAGUUGAUGUUACACGGUGGAAGGAGCGUUUUUGCAGACAAAAUUUGAAGUGUGUAUGUUGUGAGUGCGUAAGACACAGCCAAAGUUACUGAGGCGUCCAGAUUGAAGGACCGGCUUAGUGUUUUUCCGGUAAACGAAGCCGAAUCGAAGACAACCACCUGAAUAUGCAUUCUUGUUUACUCUGUCGAAUCGAUUUCUCAUCAUGGGCCAACUCAAAGCUCUUGAAGAGAGAGAGAGAGAGCUCUACUAAUCUACUCCUGAUCUUCUACUAUCAACUAUGCUCCAAAACGUGUACUCUUCCUAAGACAAACUCCAACCUUUGACGCUUAUGUGAGCGCAUAAUAACCUCACAAGCACGUACACACUUCAAGAAGACAUUGUAAACCUUUCGCCCGCAAAAAAAAGGAAAUUGUGCUCUUAAAUGCUCUGUAUCACCCCCACAGCUAAAGCUUUCCGGAUGACUCGUGAUAGGGCCCUUUCUUCCUUCAGAGUGGGGCCUGAUGGGUUUUGGGCUGUUAAUGGAAUAUAUAAAUAAAUACUCAAAUGAGAAGAGCGAGCAAGAUAGAGAGAGAGAGAGAGAGAAGGAGAGAGAGAGAGAAAGAGAGAGGUAAAACAAAACGUAGUCAAUUUGUAUCAUACUUUCGUUUCAAUGGGCGCGUGAACGUUUCCCAAUUCCGCGCUGCUUUUCGGUGGUUCUAGGUUUUCCAACGAGUUUUCCGCAUUUCCGCAACAACAAAAACAACAACAACAAAAACCCAUUGUGCAAAAUGUUAAAUAUACAUUAAUAUACAAUAUGGCAAGGCACAGUCACAAUAGAAAGAAACAGAAGAAGACGAGCAGAAGAAUAUUUCCUUGCCUAAUACUACCUUAAAUACUACACAAGUGUGCUCUUGUUUGCAUUAGAAAUACAAAAGUUAAAAAGACAGAGAGAGAGAGAGAGAGAGAGAGUUAGAGGACAUGCAAGCAAAAAAGCUACGCAGACGAGCAUAACUUUAGCGAAAAGCCCAGUUUUUUGCAGCCAGUACUUUAAACGAAAAACAUUGCCAGAUUAAAAAAAAGAAGGGAGAUAUACUUAGGAUGCGUGCUGAGUGCUGCAUUGGGUUGGCUUUUUUAUUCGUUUUUUCGAUUACCUAUAAAGUGCAAAACGAACAAAAAAACCCAAGCGUAUAUAUAAAUAACACACACACACAUACAGAAAAAGACAACAAAAACACAUAUGCGUUGCAGUUAGAGUGUAGUAUAAAGCAAAGUAAUGUUAAACCGAACAGAACAAGAAGGGGGGAAAACGAGGAAAAAGAAAAAAACAAAAAAAAAACACAUUAUAAAAUGAUAUACGCUUGAAGAAUGGCCACGGUUACGGUUGGGGUCAUUCGCAAACAAAUAAACAAAAAGAACAAAAAAGAAUGCAUAACAAAAAAGAGGGUAAAGUGGUGAAGCGAACAAAUAAAAGCGAACAACAAAACAUAUAACAUCACGUAGCAAGUAAGCAACAUGAUAAAUGUUAGUCCUAUGGGGUAAGCAAAGCGAGAAAGAAGGAAAAAAUAAGAGAAGAAGAAGAAGGAUAAAACAAAAGAGGGAAAAGGAGCACACAAACACACACUGAAACGAUCGAAAGCUCAGUUGUCUCAGUGUGUAGGCGUGUGUACCUCCUAGGGCGUGUUGUUUCUAUUGCUUUGUUAAACACACCGACAUGUGAGCUGCCAGGUUUUGCUUUAUCGCUGUCGAAAAAAAAAAACAAAAUGGACGAACAAACAAAUGUUGUGUUCCUGUGUUCCUGUGGGAGCGAAAUUUUCUUGUGCCCGGGGGGGCCAUUUCGGGGACGCGGGACAGCGGCGAAAGUGUGUAUCUAGUUUGCUGCCAUUUAUUCUAUUCCGAAUUUUGAAUUGUUCGUUAUCCUGUUGAACGUGCUAUAGGGCGUGUGGUGGUUAACUUAGUAGAAUGACUGCAUACGUUGGCGAUGUUUGUUUGAUUGUUUACAUCGGUCGUACACACACACGAUGUACGUUACAAUUGUGCAAACCACUACCAUUUAAAGCCCCCGUAAACGUUAAGGUAUUGGAAAUAGGUUAAGUAAAGUAGAGAAGAAGACAAAAGCAAACAUGUAAACCAACACAAACAACAAAACAUAAGAAGAAACAAGCGCUUGAAAGAGAAAGGAAAGAGAAACCGGAAGGAACAGGAGAGAGAUUAAAAGAGAUGUGCAGAGAGCGAGAGUGGAGAAAACGAGAAUCGGAUAAAAUGGCGACGAACGAACGGGGACGCAUUGGUUGCAUUGGUUGUCUUUGGUAGUUUUUUAAGCGUAACACACCCCAGACAUUGUAAAACAGUAAACCUCGUCACCAGUUUCAGAUGUGAUAUUUUGGUUCUUGCGAGCGAUGUGUGUAGCGAGGUGGCCCGGACCCAGAUACCUCUGCCUGGAUCUUGGAUCGGCAGAGGCGAAGUCACCGGAAGUCACCAUAGUGUGUGUUUUUCCUUUGGAUUUUUUUUUUUUUCAUUGAUGGAGUUUCAGUUAAGUGUGCAUAGUUAAAAGAGAAGCGGGAAAGAAAAAAAACCCCGGAAAACUCCCACAGCACGGGCAGCCGUCAAGGAUCUCUCCCGCUGUGGAUAGUUCUCGUUACUGAAAUGCCUCACCAGGGAAAGGGCAAACCAGAGUCCAGAGGAAAUAGGAAAAUUGUGGCAUUGAGCAUUACUUGUUACAUAGGUUCAUUUUUGUACCAUUAAACGCGUAUCCAUUGUAUAGAUCAAUCGCUUACCCACAAAGAAAGGAAAAACGUUGGUGACUGGACCGAGUCGCUACUCCUGUCACGCAGCAAGUCCAGAACGGUUUUUAUCAAGCCACCAAACAAGCACAAGCCGAUCGUUGGAUCGUACUCCAGCGAGCUCUGGACACUUCUUUUGUUGGGCAGACUAAACUCACACACACACACACGCGUAUUGUUACUAAUUAGAGAACCGGAAAGUUAUCGAGAAGCGAGCAGGUCCAGGUGUCCAGGAGAAGGCGGACGACGCGACAGCAAACAUGAGAUAUAAAGACAUACUGAACAAACAACCAAACGCUUUUAGACUUCCAAGUUUACCAGGAACGGCAUGUUCUUCAAACAUUAACACAUUAAAGGAAACACACACACACACAAAUGCAAAAUUAAAAAUAAAAGUAAAGCUGCUAACAACAACAACUACAACAACCAUACCUUUAGAUAAGUUGUUCAUUGCCGGUUCCAAUAUGGCCGACGGGGAUGGUGAAGGUAGUAGUACAUUAGUCGUUUCGAGUCAGUUGGCCGAAGCAACCCAAUUCAAAGCAUCAAGCGAGUGUGCGUUCGAGUGUGUGUGAGUGUUCGAGUGUGCGUUUGUUGGCCUGACACAAAGCUAAGAUGUUGAAUCUCUCCGAUUUGUAGAUAUUGGUAGCAUGCAAGAGCGAGUCCCGGGUUUGUAGUGACAGCGAAACGCCCAAACGCCGAUGGCUCCGUUUGUGUUGCAUUUGUUGCGCUCUUUAAAUUAUUUUAAAAGAAUUUUUCGAUAUUUCUCUUACAUUUUGUACCACUUAAUGCCAUUCCUUCAUGCUCGAUUACGUUUCCCAAACAAAGCAAUAAGUAACAAGUAUAACAGGUAGUGAAUAAAAUAGCAGAACAGUAUAAGGCAGGAUAGCAAAUGGCCGAACGAACGGAGAAGGAUCAUCAAACUAAUCUAACGCUCUAAAUAAUAAACAAAAACCGUAGCAAUUCAAUUUUUUAACAUAUAAAACAAAUCUCAUGUAGCAAAAACAUACAAAACGCAUAAAGACAAAGCAGGGAAGGCGCCGGUUAGGAUGGGCGUUGGGAUAGAAAGGUAUGAAGUAAUUGAAUCGCAAACAUAAAGAUUGCCUCUUUCGAGCAGAGUUCAUGAAGAAUGGAUGGCAUAAAGGUAUAUUUUAUGUUGGCCUUGUUUGGAGAAUAUUGGCUCACUGUCCAGCUUUGUUCGACAAGCUGCCUUGGUAAUAUUUUUGAAUUUUCUUUCAAAUUUGAUUCAAUUCUUAACAUUUCCAACCCAGUUUAACCUCUACAAUGCAAGACAAAACAAUGCAUAACGAUCGGAGCGUAGUGCGCAGUUUUGCGUGAAUUCGUCACAAAGAGAGUAAGCAAUUGCUGCAGGAAAGCUAAAUAAAAUGCCACACACGCACACACAACAUACUGCUGAACAUGAGCCCAAAACCGAUUGAAAGUUGUAGUAAAACAUUUGAGCUGUAUGUAUAAAUUUUUAAACUACACAACUACAAAAUCUAAAACUAGGAUCACGAUCACGUUUUGCGUAGCUACCGAAAACAAAAAGGGCCAUGGGUUGAAAGGAUAAGAAAAAAAGGGAGCGAAAAUCAGCACCGAAUGCUACAACUGGAAAGGACAUUCAAACACACACACACAAAAACACUCAUACAACACGACAUAAGAAACAAAACUGCAGAAAUAAAACAAACAAAAAAACACACAGACACAAGUUAAGUAUCGGAAGAGAAGCUAGCAGAGUUAUAUACUGAAGUAAUUAAUUGUUGACAAAUGGGAUCUUCAGGCGUAGUAUGUUGCGUUUGCUGUCGCGUUUGCUGUCGCGUUUUUAAAAAUAAUAAGGAAAGAACGAGAAAAGAAACACCCCAAAAAAAAAAA